GAAGGGUUUUUCUUUUAGCUCUUUUGAGUCUCGACACAGCAUGAGAAAAGAGGGGUUUUAGGCUCAACCCCAAAAUCCACCUUUGCUUCUGCACAGGCAUCGAAUCUACAAUUACUCAACCCAAUGCUUAUAAACCUAGUUCGGGUUACAUAAACCCCUGAAAUCUCUGCAGAAAAAAGAUGGUAGCAGCUGCUUUGAGUGGCAGAGCAAGGCUGAACACUUUAACUUUCUUAUGCCAUUCUUGUUUCAAUCGAUUGAACUACAGUAUCUCUGUUGGAUUACACUCUGCGAAAGCAAUUCGGCCAUUCAAUACACUGCAUCGGUGUAGAAAUUUCUUUCUUAACAAUUGUAUUAAAUCCAUCCCAGUUGGAGCCCUCUUCGAUUGGCCAACUUUUUCUCCUAGUAUUUUGUUCAUUAGCCGCCAAUCAAUCUCAACCCAAGCAUUCCCUGCUGAAUUUGUCGAUGAAGCGUUGAUGGAAGUCCUUUCGGUUAUGGCUAAUUCACAAAGUUCAGGAGAGGAACUGUGUGCUGCUUAUGUUGAUAAGUUUUGCAAUGACAGAAAUCUAUCAGCAGCCGCUAAGCUUUUGCAGAUUUUGCAGGAUAAAAAUAUCCUCCUUCCCCCCAGUGCAUACAAUCGCCUUCUGAAAGCUGCAGGCGAGGAAAACGAUAUUGGCCUUCUAUGUCAAAGUUUCAAGGAUCUAUUAGUAUCUUGCAAAUCUCUGAAUUCAUCUACAUAUCUUAUCUUUGCUCAGGCUUUUAUCAAGGAAAAUGAUGUUGCCUGCUUACUAAGAUUUGUCCGGGAGAUCUCCGAGUCGAUUUUUCCAAGUACUGCUACAGUUAUGAAUAGGAUCAUCUUUGCCUUUGCCGACUGUGGACAGGUUGAUAAGGCCUUGAUGAUUUUUGAUCAAAUGAAGAGUUUGAAAUCUAAACCUGAUGUGGUUACAUAUAACACCAUUUUGGGAAUACUAGGCCGGUGUGGUAGAACAGAUGAAAUGCUUAAAGAGUUUGUGGCCAUGAAAGAGGAUAGUCUAAUUCCUGAUAUUGUUUCUUAUAAUACCGUAAUUACUGGACUGCGGAGGGUAGGCAGGCUUGAAUCAUGCUUAGUAUUUUUCAAGGAGAUGUGUGAGAGAGGAAUUAAACCAGAUUUGCGGACUUAUAAUGCUUUGAUUGACAGCUUUGGAAAAUGUGGUAAUAUUGAGGAAUCACUGAGAUUUUUUAAUGAGUUGAAGCUCAGGGGAUUCCGCCCAUCAAUUCAUGUUUACAGAUCACUGAUCAGUAAUUUAAAGAAGAUGGGGAAGUUGGAGUUGGCUGUUGCUUUUUCAAAUGAGAUGAAAGAAUCAAUCUCAAACCAUCGUGGACCAAACAAUAUUCAACAGAAAAACAGAUAGUUUUGCAGUUCAAAAGUAAUAGUGGAUACCGGUUGAGUAAUGUUUAUAAAGAGCAUCAGUUUGCUCCAUGCUGUUGCUGCUGCUAUGUUCAACAAGAAUGGAUCUGUUGUGGCCAGUAAAAUUUUGAAGACCAGCCAUCUGGUCCAUCAUAGGCUGGGUUGCCCACGUGAUGGAUCUCUGAUUCGAAUCUCUAGGGAGAUGGAUAUUCACGAAUUUUUCGAGGUGCUUUCUCUCUUCCGUUGGUUCUUACUAUGCCCCUAUCCCAUCGGAGAGAGAGAGAAAAAUACUUCUAGUUGAAGAUUGGUGGUGUAAAUAUCAAAUUACAUCUUUUUGGAUGUUGUAACCUCAUUCAUUGGUAGUUCAGUGCAAAUUGUAAAUGGUGAAAAAGGGAUUCUAUGCUGCAUGAAGCAUGAAACGUUUUGGAGAAGAAACAGAGAUUUAAAAAAUAGUUUAAUGUGUCUCAUGCUGACCCUUGUAUGAAAUAAUCUCACCUUCUUUGUUCUGUAUCUCAUUGGUGAACUAUAUAUUCUCAUGAUUCAUUGAAGGCUUAA